UGAAUUCGUCAGCAAUUCCCACGACCAAAAACUCCCUCACAAUGCUAAAUUACCACAUUGCCUCUCCCUUUUCAAAUUCCUUCACUUACGCACUCUCUCUUCCUCUUCUCUUUUUCUUCUCCGUAGUUUCAUUUUCAAAGUUCUGAAACUCGAAGUGGGUGUUCAGAAAUUUUGAGAAAAAAUGCCUCUGAAAAUCAAAAUGGGUUCUUCCUAGAAUAACGGAACAGAGAGUGUUGAAUCUCAAAAAAUAUCUCCAACAACAAUCAUGGAGUUCCUUAAUUUCGCCAUUUUUAUGUUUUAUUUUAUUGCAUUUUCAUUUUCCUAUUUUGUUUAUGGAAAUUCUGAAGUGAAAGCGUUGAUGGAGCUGAAGGCAUCUUUAGACCCGGAAAACAGAGUAUUGAGGUCAUGGACAAUCGAUGGCGAUCCUUGCGGUGGAAAGUUCGUCGGCGUGGCAUGUAACGAGCACCGGAAAGUAGCGAACAUAUCGUUGCAAGGACGUGGACUCUCCGGCAAGGUGUCACCGGCGGUGGCAGAGCUGAAAUGUCUGUCGGGGUUGUACUUGCAUUAUAACAAUUUGUCUGGAGAAAUUCCUAGAGAGAUUUCUAGUUUGAAUGAACUUGCUGAUCUUUAUCUUGAUGUUAAUAGUCUCACCGGUGAUAUUCCUGAAGAGAUCGGAAAUAUGUCGAGUCUUCAAGUUUUGCAGAUUUGUUGCAAUCAAUUGAGUGGGAAAAUACCAACUCAGAUAGGAUCUUUGAGGAAGUUAACAGUUCUUGCUUUACAACACAACAGAUUAAGUGGCGAAAUUCCUACAUCACUAGGAAGUUUAGAAGUGCUUAAAAGACUUUAUUUGAGCUUCAAUAACUUUAGUGGGAGAAUACCUUUCAGUUUAGCAACAAUUCCUCAGUUGGAAGUUGUUGAUGUCAGGAACAAUUCCUUCUUUGGCCAUGUCCCUUCUGGUUUGAGGAAGCUGAAUGAAGGGUUUCAAGGAGAGAACAAUCCGGGAUUAUGUGGAGUUGGGUUUGUAACGGUGAGGAAUUGUACUGUUUUUGACAAUGAAAAUAUCAAAGGAGAGGGAUUUCAACCUUUUCUAUCAGAACCUAACAAUACAGCCACAACUCAAAAGAACAUCCCUCAAUCUGCUGACUUUUACAAUGCCAAUUGUAAUCAACUUCAUUGCUCAAAAUCCACAAGAGUUCCAAAAAUUGCUGUUGUUUCUGCUGUCCUUAUUGUCUCUGUCAUUCUCAUGGUGUCUAUGAUUCUCACUGUCUUUUGGUACCGUCGUCGUAAACAAAAGAUCGGCAACUCGUCGCUUUCGUGCGAUGAUCGGCUUAGCACAGAUCAGGCUCGGGAACUCUACUCGAAGAGUGCUUCUCCUCUUGUGUGUCUUGAGUAUUCCCAUGGGUGGGAUUCACUGGCUGAUGGAAUCAAAGGCUUGGGAUUGUCUCAAUAUCUCAGCAAGUUCAUUUUUAAUAUUGAAGAAGUUGAAUCUGCAACUCAGUACUUCUCUGAGGCUAACUUGCUUGGUAGAAGCAGUUUCUCAAUGGUUUACAAAGGAGUUUUGAAGGAUGGAUCUUGUGUAGCCAUUAGGAGCAUUAAUAUGACUAGUUGCAAGUCCGAAGAAGCUGAGUUUCUUCGAGGAUUGGACUUGCUGAGCUCUUUGCGGCAUGAAAACCUUGUUAGUUUGAGAGGCUUCUGUUGUUCCAGGGGUCGAGGUGAAUUCUUCCUUGUAUACGACUUUGUCUCGAGAGGAAGCUUGUCUCGGUAUUUAGAUGUCGAAGACAGUAGCAGCCACGUUCUUGAAUGGUCUAAGAGAGUUUCAAUCAUCAAUGGCAUUGCAAAAGGCAUUGCAUAUUUACAUCAUGAAGAAGCAAACAAACCAGCCAUGGUUCACAAGAGCAUAUCUAUCGAGAAGAUUCUCAUUGAUCAUCAAUUCAAUGCAUUGAUCUCGGACUCCGGCCUCUCCAAACUUCUUGCGGACGACAUUAUCUUUUCAUCUCUCAAGACCAGUGCAGCCAUGGGAUAUCUUGCACCUGAAUACAUUACGAUCGGUCGUUUCACAGAGAAGAGCGACAUAUACGCAUUUGGAGUCAUCAUAUUCCAAAUUCUUUCUGGGACGCGAAGACUUGCAAACUCUCUUCUCUUGGAAACCGAAGUAUGCAAAUUCGAAGAUUUCAUCGACAAAAAUCUGAAGGGAAACUUCUCAGAAUCCCAGGCUACAAAGCUAGCAAAUCUUGCACUAUCAUGUACCAAUGAACUUCCCAUCAAUAGGCCAACCAUUGAAGAUUUGAUAGAGGAGCUUAACAAAAUUUAGUUAACUUCAGCUUUAGAAGCAGUAGCUUCCGAGUCGUUGAGAGUCGGUGCUCGUUCGAGAACAACAUCAACGAGAGGUAACGACAUUCUACGAAGCCUCCAUUAUUGGGAGCUUCAAGAAAGGCAGGAACUAAAAGUUGGAUCUUCUUCUACAAAGUGAGAUGCACAUCGAUUGACAAGGAAGAAGAGAGCAUGUAAAUUUGGGAAAGAAAUUGUCUGCAUUGUUCAAGAUAUGUAUAAUUACAUCAGUUGGCUAUUUAGAACUUCACUUUGUAUUACUACAAAAAAAAAAAAAAAAAAAUGGACGAAAUCUUACAUUUAGUUCCUGAAUUUUCUUUUUUCAAAGUAGAAAUCUAAUCCUUGAAAUAAUACAAACUAAUAUCAGUUAA